CAUGGCCGACCGCAUCAUUAAGAUGAGGGAGAUGCUUGUGUCGAACCUGAAGAAGGAGGGCUCCACUCACAACUGGCAGCAUGUUACUGACCAGAUCGGGAUGUUCUGCUUCACAGGGCUCAAACCGGAGCAGGUGGAGCGUCUGAUUAAAGAAUUCUCUAUAUACAUGACAAAAGACGGCCGAAUCUCUGUGGCUGGUGUGACUUCUGCAAACGUGGGAUAUCUAGCACAUGCCAUCCACGCUGUUACCAAGUGAAGCUGGCACUAGGGACUAUAGUUGCAGCAGACAGAGAGCAAGAAAAAGUCAUUUAGAUUAUUCAAAAGUCCUCUGCUGCAUGUCUUUUAGGACCAGAUUUGAAAUAGGACUAAUGUAGACUUCCAGUUCACUUGAUUUGGUGUUAAUUCAUGACUCUGAAUGUGAGCCCCUCAAUGAAUUAAGGCAGGAUUCUUCCUUUCAAAAUGAUAAAAACAAACUUUAAAGAAUAUUGCUUAUCAUGAUUUCCCUUGUCAGAGCUGAUAAGAAUGUUUUUGUUUUUUAUGGUACAAAAUGUUCCGAUAGAUCAGUUAACAACAUUUAAAAAUCAUGUUUUUGUUUUUAGAACAAUAACUCUAAAUAAGAGUGAUUGACUGAUUACCCUAUAUGCUUUACGUUAGAGAAAUCACUGAAAGGAGUAAACCAGAUUUCAUGGUUGGACAUUAAUUGCAAAAACCUUCAAGGACUGUAACCAGUUUAUCAUGGUCAUUUCACCUAGAGGUGCAU